AGAAUGAAGUAUGCGGCGUGGGUCGUCGUCGCGCUGCUCCAGGAACUUCUGUUCCUCGGGACGGUUCCUGUCACUGAAUCUCAGCGGACACACGCUCGCCAGGGCAAUGUCCGCGAUACACCAACUGUCCGGAUACCUGGCCAGGGUACCCUCGCAGGAAAGGAGGUGCGGAUUACGCGUGAUGACGCCUCCUCAGUUUUUCUUGCGUUAGAGUGCAUUGCAUUUUAUUCUUUCGCCUCACUGUUAGCACGGUUUUGAGUAGAACGCAGCGAGUAAUUGUUUACCUUGGCAUCCCUUAUGCUAAACCACCAACUGGACUUUUGCGGUUCUCUGCCCCAGUUACGGAUCCACUCCCUUCAUGGACUGGAAUGAGAAACGCUUCUCAAUUUGCACCUUCUUGUCAACAACCAUUAGAAAGAAAGAAAAAGCAUGAAAAAUUAUAUAUGCGACUUUUGCCAUCUGAUCUUCCUGAUCCUGGAGUCAGUGAAGAUUGCCUUUACUUGAAUAUCUACAUACCUGAUGGAAUGCGCCCCUCUGAUGGAUGGCCAGUGAUAGUGUGGUUCCACAGUGGAGAUUUUAAUACGGGGACUCCAGCGAUCUGGGACGCGUCAGUGCUCGUCACCAAGCAAAAGGUACUGGUCGUAACAGUCGCCUACCGUCUGAACAUCUUCGGCUUCUUCACCACCACCGACGCAGAAGCUCCUGGAAAUUACGGUAUGCUGGACCAAAUAGCAGCCCUUGAUUGGGUAAAAAACAACAUCGAAAUCUUCCAAGGAUCCUCUUCAAACAUCAUCAUAUUCGGUCACUCAGCCGGUGCAAUCAGCGUCGGUCUCCACAUCAUAAGUCCCCUAAGCCGAGGAAAAUUUUCCAAAGCUAUCGCCAUCAGCGGUGACGCCAUCAGUUCCGUAGGUUCUCCUGAAACUGAAGCACCAAUAGUCGACAUCAUAGCUGACCGGUUUGGUUGCAACCGUUACCCAACAACCGACCUCAUCACAUGUCUUCGCAACCAGCCAGCAGAUCAUUUACUGAAACACUCUUCCGAAAUCGAAACCUGGGGUCCCAUGAUCGACUACGAAACCAACAACUCAUCAGAUCCUUUCCUUCCAGGCCAUCCAAAAGAACUUCUCGAAAGUGGUAGCUUCUCCGCAGUUCCGCUUAUCACCGGCUACACAGACAACGAACAAGCCUUGGCCUACAUGGAAGCAAUUGGCAGUGAAAAUGUAGAUGGCAGACUCUCCCUUCGAAAAUUCGAAUCAAUGAUCGCUGAUGAAAGCACGACAGCAGUUAGGAUGCCGGAUGAGAACAGCACUUGUGAAGUUAAACCCCAGAUGGUAGCGGAAGCAGUUCUUUUCUAUUAUAAGCCACAUCCUCCAACCAGGGAUCAGACUGUCCUGCGUGACAAGUACUUGGACCUACAAACAGAGAAGAAUUACGCAGCUGGCUUGACUUUUCUCGCUGGCAAAGUGGCAAAGCAGGAGGAAUCUUUCGUUUACAGGUUUGACUACCGACCAAAAACUGAUGCAGUGAUUCGAGACGUUCCCAAAUGGGCAGGUGUUCCUCACAUGUUCGAGCUUCCUUUCAUUUGGGGCCUUCCACACUCGAUCAACACCAACAUCCAGUGGAACGCACUUGACAAAAAAAUGUCCGAUUGGAUGAUGUCGAUGUUGUCAAACUUUGCGAGAAAUGGCAACCCAUCGAUAGCAACUAUCAAGUGGGACCCUUACACUGAAAAAAAUCCAGGCGCUCUGAUCAUCAAGGAUCCGAAGCCCGAAAUGGACAAUUCGAGAAUGAUAGAUUAUAAGGCUCUUGCUUUUUGGAAUGAUUAUUACCCUAAAGUAUUGGAAGAAGCAACGAAUAAUUGUUGUAACAUGACAAGUGGAUCUAGUUCCUUGAGUCUGUCCAUUCCUGUGAUUUGUGGAUUUGUAGCUUUGAUUUGGAGACACUUCUGAUCUUUAAGAAUCCGAUAGGAAAAUUAAGUUCCGAAAUUGGAAAACGUGAAUUGAGUCUAGUCCUAUUCGCUGCGGGCACACACAGAAAGUGCGCCCUCCGUGGAGAAAAUUUGCGUUUCUUGUUGGACGGGUUAGAUUAGAAUGGGGGAAUUCACCACUCACCCGCGAGUGAGUGGUAAAAUGAGUGAGCGGUAAAGUGAGUGAGCGAUCUGUUCGGGUCCGAGGUCUGCGAAAUUUCAAAUUUAAUAUAUGAAAAAAUUAAAUAUUUCAAGUGAAGUCAGUUUUUCUUGCAUACAGUUAUAAAUUUCACAAACAGAACCUUAUUGUUUACUAAAAGAACGUUCCAUAGUACAUGUCUUCAAAAUUUUCUACUUUGUUAUAGCAAAAACCAAAAAAUAACAAUAGUAAACAAUUUUUUUAAACCAUCUCUUUUCGCGAAAAAUAGUCUUCUUUUUAC